GGUUGGUUUUAUCAGAGGUCGAGACUGUCGCUUCGAGUUUGCCACACAAAACACUUUUAUUUCAAAUUUUGGCUUAGAUUUUUUAUUUGUAAAUAUUUGAAAAUGAUUUGCGGUAAACUAUGGUCAACAAUGCAACAGCAAUUGCGACACUUUAGGGUUACCGUGAUUGGAGCUGCCGGUGGCAUUGGACAACCACUUUCGCUACUGAUGAAGAACAAUAAAUUGGUCACCGAAUUGGUCCUGCACGAUGUGGCCAAUGUGGCUGGCGUCGCCGCCGAUUUGUCGCACGUGGCCACAAAAGUUCAUGUCAAAUCCUACACGGGUGCAUCCCAGAUGAACGACGCCGUCAAGUGUGCCGAUCUUGUGAUUAUCACCGCCGGCGUUGCCCGCAAGCCGGGCAUGACCCGUGAACAGCUGUUCGAGGUGAAUGCGAACGUUGUGAGCGGUGCAAUCAAAGCGAUUGCCGAGCAUGCAUCGUAUGCCUUGAUUGCGAUUGUCACCAAUCCGGUGAAUGCCAUUGUCCCGAUGGCCGCUGAAUUUCUGAAGAAGGAGGAUCUAUUCGAUCCGCGGCGGUUGUUUGGCGUCACCACACUCGACUUGGUGCGCGCCGAGACAUUCCUUGGUGAUUUCAUGAACGUCGAUCCGCGCAAAGUGAGUGUCCCGGUGAUUGGCGGACAUGCUGGCGACACCAUUUUGCCCAUCAUAUCGCAAUGCAAGCCCAAAUUUAAUGACGACCAGGAGUGCCGGGAGGCGCUUGUUAAACGCAUACAAAUGGGCGGCGAUGAAGUGGUUAAGGCCAAGGAGGGCAAAGGCUCGGCGACCCUAUCGAUGGCAUUUGCCAGCGCUCGCUUUGCCAACGCCCUGCUCCUCGGUCUCAAGGGCAGGAAGGCGCCCAUCGAAUGCGCCUACGUCUAUUCGGAUGUGACGGAGGUCAGCUAUUUCGCCACCCCCUUGAGUUUCGGUCCGCGCGGCAUCGAGAAGAAUCACGGUUUGCCGCCACUCGAUGAUUACGAGCAGGCUGGCCUUGAGAAGGCGUUGAAGGGCUUGCAACAGUCGAUCGAGAACGGCAUUAACUUUGCCCAAUGCCAUUAAUGCGAUUUGCAUAAUAAAUUUCCACUUUUACAAUGGUUUUUAAUAAAAUGAAUUACAAGCAGUUUAA